UCGGUGGAUCAGUAAGGGAUCCUAACCUGCAGUGAUUGGGAUUGUAUAAACCUAUCAGACUGCGCGCGAGCAGUCCCGCAGAGAGACGGGCCAAGUCUACAGCCGACUGGAUAGGAACGCCAGCACUAGGCACGGGUCUAUCAAAGGGAUAUUCUUCAAUUUAAUGGAGUCUGUUGGACACUAGUUAACCGCCUGGCGUUUUAUCGGGCGUGUCGGGAAUCACUGCGUUUACUUAUGUAGGAGUGAAUAAUUAUUUUUGAAUUUUAUCAAAAUUAUUUUCAUUUAAAAAAUAUAUUCAAAAAGUGAAUGUGAAUCAGAUAGCAUGCAGGUGACGUCGGAACGUAUUCAAAUUUAAAUCCACAUCGGACUCCAGGAGACAAAGUCUAUCACAAAGUCAUUUGUGUUCAUUUUUGACAAAUCCACCAGGAGACUACUAUGUGAAGUAGACAUUUAAGUGUUUGUUAUUCCCGAGGACGCAGGAACACAUUCCGUUAGCUGCUUCCAAAGGUUGUAAAGAACGUUUCAACAUUAGAGAUUCACACAGUCUUCCCCCCGCUGUAUCAGUACCGAGAUGUCCAGCUCGCCCGAUCCCCUGCAGCGAGGGCCAGAGUCGGAGGAUGGCACCGUGGUCACUGAGCCGGUCAGCAAGGCUGGGUCUAAACGAUCUCAUACAUCGUCCGUCUUCAGCAAGGCAUCGUCGUGGGUAGUAUACGGCAGCCCCUUGUGGCAUAGAGACCGUGUCCCCUCCAGCGUCCGGUCCCUCCCGCCCAUUCCGAUUCUGAAGGGUCUGGAGGAAAACUUCGUCAACGACAGCGUCAAGACAACGACGUCCAGCCGCUCGGGGAGGAAUCCCAUCAUCCCCCAAUACAACGCCGUGGGGGACAAAUACGCCAAGCACUACUUCAUGUCCCCGAAUGUCCGCGCCAUGAUGGAGAGAAACAAGGCCGUCAGGUCACACAAGGAAUCCCAGGCACAGAACUCAAGCCGGAGCCUCAACAAACUGAGUUUCCGCCGGAAAUGUCGCAGGACACCUAAUGCUGACGAGAUGAAGUCACGUGAGUUACAAUUUGUCAACGACGGCAUCAUCACCGAGAGACGCCGGACGAAGUACAAGGACAUUAUUCCUCCAUACGACGCUACAGAAGAUCAACAUUCUAGAGGAUACUUUAAACGCCCGGAUAUAAAACGUCUUGUAACCCUCACGUGCUCACCGCGAAGUCCCAGGGUCAACUGAUAACCAAUCAGAUCAGAUCAGAGGGUCACUGAUGAUUUAACGAGCGCUUCCGGAGGAGCCGAUUUUUCACUCGGACUUAAAAUCGGAUCUCCCCAUCUAAAAUUAUUUUUACUUUCUGGAGAGAUGUACCAUAAUCCUGGCAAAGAACAUGCGACAUAGCUGAUGUGUGAAGGAUUUGAAGCAAACACAUGGGCUACAGAGUGGGUUUUCUCAAUGUUUUCGAUACACAUGAACGUAUAGGCCGGUGUGUACGGAAGCGUAAUGGUUCCACAGUCUAUCUGCCAAAUCUAUCAUCCACUUAGAUGAUACCUACAAUCACAAUUGUAGUCACAGUCAAAGCACAAAAUAUUUACGUUGCUUUUCGGAAAAUAACCCCCAAACAGGUGUAAGUUUAGUCAGUUUCUAGUAUAAUAGUGCUUGCCAUUACUUUCACACUCCAGAAUGAAUAUAGUUUAUAGAAGCGUGUAAACAUUUGACAGCAUUUUGGAUGGGCUUUUUCCCAUUUGGUCUUUUCUGUGUUUUCACAACUAACUGAAAUCAUUUGAUUGCUAGACGAUGAUAGAUCUACCAAUCAUCUACGUAAAUGAUAAAUAAUUGUUUUUGAGUCUGUGGCACCAAUACGCUUCCGGGUAGGGCAAGGCUUCAGAACUACAUGAAUAUUUUCGGCAGACUAGUAGUACAACUCAAGGUGUUGUAUGGCUUGUAUGAAGGUGUCUUCCAGUGUGUAUCGAGUUAUGUGAAUCAAUGAAUUCAAUAUCGCUAUAUAGAGAGAGUGAGUGAGUGAAUUCGAGUUAAGGCCCCUUUGAGCAGUAUGUCAGUUAUACCGAGUCGUGUUGGCUACAUGUUGGACGAGUGCCUGAAGUAAUGCUUUUUUCAGACGUGUACUUCAUUAGCGAAACCCUUGAGUACGGCUAUGGCGCUUACCUAGAAGCAUGAUCAGGGUGAACCGAUACUUGUACCCAUGAUCACAGGCUUUGAACAUGCCAAAUCAGCUGCAGAUUUAACUGCGGUGUCUUUGACGACUGGCUAAUGGAUGCGUCACACCGUGUUCCUUCGCAAUGAACAUCUUCGUUAGCCUGUAUCAACAGCUCACUGCAGUUGUCAAAUACGUUUCAGCGAAAGGAAAACAGUUAUUAACAGUAGAUUCCUUCUCAUAAUUUUAAACAUUAUAAUGGUUUGAAUGGUUGUCAUAAUGGUUGUCAGCCCAUUUAAUAUUUGGAUGAAAAUACCACGAUGCUUGGCUGUAAUGGAUUGUUUUCUCUAAGAUUUUUCAGUUUGUGAAGAUUAUUCUUCAAUUGUGUAUUGUGUUUUGCUGUUUAGAUUUAGGCUUUUUUCUGAAGACGUUUGGUCCCAAACAGAAUUUGAGGCGGAUAAAGUUCAUUAUUUCCCUCCCUGUUGUGUCUUGUCUGGCUAUGUAUCCGAUAUCAUACAUAUCAAGUUAAACAUGUCUCUUUCCAUUUCAUUUCACUCUCUAACACAAAACAUUUCCUGUGUGAAGCCCAUUUCUUUUGCCCAUUUUUGCUAUUCAAAUGUCAUAUUGAUUUCACGACUUCCAUUUUUGUCAAACUGUUUAUUCAUUAUCUGUAUUGUGUAAGCUUCUCAUAUUAAAAAUAUCAUACUUGAAACAAACUUGGCCAUGUUACAAUUUCUAAACAUAGACAAUCGAGACUGGGAUCGAGAUAUCGGUCCAUUCAAGAUGAUGGGAUCCGACUGUAGUUGCCUCCCGAUGUUACUUGCCUCCCGAUGUAUAUCUAUAACAUUCACAUACUUGCCUCCCGAUGUAUAUCUAUAACAUUCACAUACUUGCCUCCCGAUGUAUAUCUAUAACAUUCACAUACUUGCCUCCCGAUGUAUAUCUAUAACAUUCACAUACUUGCCUCCCGAUGUAUAUCUAUAACAUUCACAUACUUGCCUCCCGAUGUAUAUCUAUAACAUUCACAUACUUGCCUCCCGAUGUAUAUCUAUAACAUUCACAUACUUGCCUCCCCGAUGUAUAUCUAUAACAUUCACAUACUUGCCUCCCGAUGUAUAUCUAUAACAUUCACAUACUUGCCUCCCGAUGUAUAUCUAUAACUCACAUACUUGCCUCCCGAUGUAUAUCUAUAACAUUCACAUACUUGCCUCCCGAUGUAUAUCUAUAACAUUCACAUACUUGCCUCCCGAUGUAUAUCUAUAACAUUCACAUACUUGCCUCCCGAUGUAUAUCUAUAACAUUCACAUACUUGCCUCCCGAUGUAUAUCUAUAACAUUCACAUACUUGCCUCCCGAUGUAUAUCUAUAACAUUCACAUACUUGCCUCCCGAUGUAUAUCUAUAACAUUCACAUACUUGCCUCCCCGAUGUAUAUCUAUAACAUUCACAUACUUGCCUCCCGAUGUAUAUCUAUAACAUUCACAUACUUGCCUCCCGAUGUAUAUCUAUAACAUUCACAUACUUGCCUCCCGAUGUAUAUCUAUAACAU